CAACAGACUGCGAAAUUAUAAAUAAAACACCAAGAAAAAAAAAAAACAAAAAUAAAAAAAAUUUUUUGAUAGCAGAAUUGUAUAAAUACCGUUGAUUAAUUCGUUUGACACUUUAAUUGUAGAAUUGAACUACUCCAACGAAUUCCAAACGAACAUGAAGUUCUCUAUCGUUGUUAUUCUUGUUGCUUUCUGUGGCUCAGCCUUGUGUGGCCCAAGUGAUUGGGAGGAUAACUUAAAGCAAUGUUCUGAAAAAUAUAAAGUCAAGAGAGAAGAUCUGCAUAAUUCACUCAAUGGCAAAAUUAAAGAAUCUGAAGUUACUGCUGACAUGAAGUGUGCACUUUUAUGUUUAGGUGAAAAGGAUAAGCUAAUCAAAAAUGGCGCAUUCCAGCAGCAAAAUGUUCCCGAAGCUUUCGCAAACACUGCCACAAAGGAUCAAAUAGCAAAAAUAACAGCUGAUUGUAAUGUAAAGGGAACAGAUGAUUGUGAUACUGCUUACAAGGUAGGACUUUGCAUUGUAAAAAUUCAGACCAUGUAAUAUAUAUGAAAAUUUAUGUAAUUAAAAAACAA